AUGUGUUCCGCCGACUUCUUCCUCGCUUUCCUCGCCAUUCUUUUCCCCCCACUGCCUGUAUGGGUCAAGUGCGGUCUCUGCAGCGCAGACUCCCUCAUUAACAUCCUCCUCUGCUGUCUUGGCUAUAUCCCUGGCCUCAUCCACGCUUGGUAUCUCAUCGCCAAGUACCCCGAGCCACCCUACGAGUACGAGUCUCUGCCCCAAGACCGCGAGGGCAACCGCGUCACAUACGUCUACGUCCAGUGCCCACCAGGCCCUCAUCAGCACGGCAACCAGAACCAGCAGCCUAAGCCUCAGCCUAAGCCUCACCAUGGCAACGCCGGCAACGUGAACUACGGCACCACCCAGCAAGCUUCCAGCUCUUCUCGUCCCACGCCUCAACAGCAGGGUGUCACGAAUAACGGCGAGGGCAGCUCUAACGAUCAGGGUGUUCCUCCUUCUUACGCCGAUGUUGUUGCAGGAGACCACAAGAUUCAGUCCAAGGACUAG